UCAUUUAUAAAACCUCAGUUUGUUGUGAAAGCUACAUUACAUAUUUAAAAAUGAAGAAUUUUGUUGUACUUAUCGUAUUAAGUUGUCUUUUGGUUAUCGUAGUUUCAACGUCAUUUCAGGGGAAUUGCGGUGCCAACUCCAGUUUAGGAUGCAAACGUUGUUGUCCAGAUAAAAGUUGCAGCAAUAGGAGAGCAGUAUGUCGAGAUAAUGUCUGUUCAGAGGUACGUCCAGGUGUGUGUCAAUUUCAAUGUCGAUGUAAUCCAGGUUAUUUAAGAAAUAUUAAAGGGGAGUGUGUUCUGCCGGACCAGUGUCCACCAAUACCAGUUGGGAAGUAAAUGUAUAAAGUUAGAAAUUGUUAGUUCUGUAUUAUGGAAAUUAAUAGUAAUUAUAGUA